CAUAAAUUCAAAUAUUCAAACGUCCACUCCAAAGUCAAGAGUCCACUCCAUUCCGUGGAUUCUCAACAAUGAGAUUCAGCUUUCAUUCCUACUUCAAUAGCCAAACCCUAGCUUCACUCAAAUCCAUUCUCAAUAUCUUCUUCUCUUUCCUCUCUAAAAUCAAUCCAAUGGCAAGAAAUCCUCCCUCCAACAAUCCUCCACCAUUCGAUCCCUCAGAACCUUCAAACCCAAUAUCUUACCCAUUAAAAACACUUGAAGAACUCGAAUCAAGAGCCUAUUUCAAUUCAUUUCAUUUGCCAUUCAAUAAAGCUUCAGUGAAGUUGCCUUCUAAUGAGUUACCGAAAAGGCCUAGACUGCUUGUGUGUCAUGAUAUGGCUGGUGGAUACCUUGAUGAUAAGUGGAUACAAGGAGGGAAUAAUCCUGAUGCUUAUGCUAUAUGGCAUUGGUAUUUAAUUGAUGUUUUUGUCUAUUUUUCCCAUUCUUUGGUUACUUUGCCGCCUCCUUGUUGGACUAAUACUGCUCAUAAGCAUGGAGUUAAGGUAUUGGGAACUUUUAUCAUGGAGUGGGAUGAAGGGAAACUUCUUGCCAACAAAUUAUUGUCAUCAACGAACUCGGCUCAGAUGUAUGCAGAGCGGUUAAGUGAGCUUGCUGCUGCUUUAGGCUUUGAUGGAUGGCUGGUCAAUAUGGAAGUUUCCGUGGAUGUUCGACAAAUUCCUAACCUGAAAGAAUUCGUCAGCCACUUAACUGAGUCCAUGCAUUCCCUUGUCCCUGGAUCUUUGGUCAUAUGGUAUGAUAGUGUCACAAUUGAUGGGGAUCUUAGCUGGCAAGAUCAACUAAAUGAAAAAAACAAGCCUUUUUUUGACAUAUCCGAUGGUAUAUUUGUGAACUACACUUGGCGGGAGAACUAUCCUAAGCAGUCAGCUGAGGUUGCCGGUGACAGGAAGUUCGAUGUCUACAUGGGAAUUGAUGUCUUUGGAAGAAACACUUAUGGUGGUGGACAAUGGACGACAAAUUUGGCACUUGAUGUGAUUAAGAAGGAUAAUGUGUCAGCUGCCAUAUUUGCUCCUGGAUGGGUGUAUGAGACAAAACAGCUACCUGACUUUCAGACUGCACAAAAUCGUUGGUGGGCACUUGUAGAAAGAUCAUGGCAUGUUUCACAAAAUUACCCCUUAACUCUUCCAUUCUACUCAAAUUUUGAUCAGGGUCAUGGUUACCAUCUUGCCGUUGAGGGAAAGAAAAUAUCCGAGACUCCUUGGAACAACAUUUCUUCCCAAAGCUUUCAGCCUUUCCUGGAGUUUUCUGGAGAAUCUACUGGAGGGCAUCUAAAAGUAGUUGUUGAUAUUAAGGAACCAUCUUAUAAUGGAGGAGGGAACCUAGCAUUCAAUGGAACACUUUAUGAUGAUUUUCAGUUCUCGGCAAGGUUGUUUGAAGGGAAGCUUCAGUUGGCAGAUUCACCUGUUCACUUUACGUAUUCUGUAAAAUCAAAUGGAAGCUCUUUGUUGGGCUUGUCUCUUGAGUUCACUUCUGCUAUCGGGGAGCAAAAAUCAGUAUUAGUUGCUUCUUCAGGAGAUUCAUUGCUGACUAUGACUCGUUUUGUUAGACAUUUUGACAACGUUAUAAUGCCUCAUCGUGUUACUAAACUAGAGACGGAACCAUCAUGGGUCAUACAAGAAAGUAGUAUAGCAAUGGAAGGAUACAUGUUAACAAAAAUCCAUGCUGUAUGCUAUAUGUUAAGACCUGAAGUUCACAAAUCAGAAAGUCAAGGUAAAACCAUGGUAUUUUCUCCAGAAAAGUAUCAUGCAGUGCUCGGUCAUCUUGCAAUAGAUAGUCGUACGCUGAACUCCGACUUCCCACCAUCAACUUCAUGGCUUGUUGAUAGUAACUUUAUUAAAUGGUCUUCCGGUGCUCAUGGCUCCAGGAAACUUAAUAUCAAGCUUGUUUGGAAAUCGAAAGACGGAAAAACUCACCUAUUCCCCAAGUAUUAUAUCUAUGUCAAGAAACAACCCAGUAUCUCAAUUGCAGAGCCAAAUGGAUCACUUCAACUUGUCCAGGAGUACCUGGGAGUUGCGGAAGUUGAAGCAUUUUAUGUGUCUGAUCUUGUAGUUCCCUCUGGCACUUCAAGCGUUAAAUUCAUUAUUCAAGUUUGCAGCCUGGAUGGAGCUUUCCAAAAGCUAGAAGAGUCUCCAUCUCUGGAUUUAGAUGUUCAAGGGUUGUAAUUAUUAGUAUUACUUUAUGUUCUAUAAGUUAAAUUGUCAUUUGUUCCGCGGUUCUAUGGGGGAGGACCAAAAUAAUUUUAAUGCAAGUGUUACACAUUUACACAUGCCACAGAAUAAUGUGGAUUAUGUAUACAGAUUGUUGUAGCAUUACAAUAUAGUAUUAAGUAUUUAACGAGUAAAGGCGGUAAUGGGGAAA